UCAAACUUUAUUUCGAACGUUUUCCUUUCCGCUUCGAGGCACACAAAUUUUCUCGUGUUAUACUUGUGUUAUACUUUGCCGCCCAAAUAUGCCCGAAACUCCCUGUGGCAAAUGUAGUGCCUGCCCGUGCUCCGGCUCAAAGAAGGACAAGCGUCAGGCAGAUCAGUCACAAGCCCAACAUCAACCUCAACCAGCAGCAAAGUCACCGAAUGUGGAAUGCCUCUGUGUGAGUCGACGGCGACAAGGUCAGCAGACUGAAACGUUGCAGACACCUAUGGCUGACACGUACACAUGCACUCGGGCACGAGCGGAGCCAAUGAGGCAAAUUCCAAUGGAGGAGCGUUGUACUUGCCGGCUGAAGCCGACGCCCGCGCAGUGCGAGUGUGCGCCACCAGUGCAGCCCGAGGCCUCCUGCAGGCAAGUGGCUGAACCGAUGGCGACAACGCGGGCGCAGAUCACAUGCGGUCAACCCAUUCCAUACCAGCAAAACAAUCAGCGUCCGCAAUAUACGCAAAGCGGUCCACAUCAAUGUGGACACUGUCAAGCGCAGCAAAGGAAAAAGAAGUGCGUCAUACAAUGAGUACGUCACUUGAUGCCUUCACAAUUUAGGGAAUUUAGGAUACAGAGUAGGCUUUACUGGGACGGCAAGUGAGCACACAUUCUCAUAAAAAAUUCAAAAUUUGUUGGCAUUAAACUUCUACAAAUACUAUUCACACAAAUUUAGUAAAAUGAAGAAAUGAAAUGUGAUUGUUUUGGUCGCGAAAGACAUUCAAAUGCAAUUAGCUUUUUUUGAGUUACUAAUACAAACGGUUUUUGUAAUAUUAACAUAACUUUAUUCGCUUUCAAAUAUAUUCUUCAUUUGCCAAUUAAAUUGGAACUUAACUAAGGGGGAGUGAGAACGAGAGCUGGAGAAAGACAGAGUUUUCAUUAAGAAUCAAGAUGGCUGAGAAUAACGAGAACCCUCCGCACAAUACGGCUGAUAAAGCAAAAUUCUGUGAAAAGACGGCAACGACGGGCAACGAAAGUGAGAGCUGUCAUAGGACUGAAUCGAAAGCACAUGUCAAUAGAGCGCCAGUGACUGUACCAGAAUGUUCCCGUACACUCAACACGGCACAGCCAAGUCGUGAGGUUUUACCAUUACCCCGUCCCAUCUAUAACGUACCCAAAAACCAACAGCCAUGCCGUCACUGCCAAAAGAGAAACAGAAAGAGAUGCAGCAUUCAGUAAACUAAUGUUAUAUCAGCAAGAGAAUUCACGAAUCGAAGCAGGCGUUAUCGGAAGCUUUUCAACUUUCUUAGUGUCAUCAUAUCAUUUCGAAAUUUUGUAACGCCUCAAACAAUUCAACCGGUUGCAAGCACAAUCUCAAAUGUCUAAAUGUCAAUGUACAUCCUCGAAAUCGAAUUCAAAAAUGUCAAGGAAAGACGAGGCGUCGUGUCGAGCUAAUGUGCCUAGCAGUAGAUCGGGACAUGCAUCUAGCCACCCGGAAUGUGCAUGCUCGCCAGUUCCAGCAGUACCUUCCCGUCUGCAGCCCGAGGUCAUACGAAUUCAAUGCGGUAGCCCGGCACAAGAAGCUGCUCAAGCAAAUCAGAAUUACGGUUGCCAACAUGGACAACGAAGGCGUUCAAAAUGCAGCAUUCAAUGAUGAAUCGGUUGCUUAAUCGUUACAAAUAUCAAGAAAGUUUGCCAAGAAAAUUUCAGAUUCACAACAAGAGACAACAGACUAAGCUAUUUAUUGUUCUUUUAAAAUGAGGUUUACACUAUCAAAAUUAUCAGUUGAGUUAUCGAGCAACCCCGAACCGAAGAACAACAAUAAAACCAAUUGUUAUUGCUGAUGGGCAAGUUAAUGCAAGCA